AGAGUCUCUGUGAUGGGCGAGGACCUGGCCUUUACGGAGGCAUUCUAUACAUAUGUCUGGAGGGCUCUGAGCGCUGCGCUAAGCCUGUACAGCUCACAGCCAAAGUAGCUACUGCGCCUGCUUGUCCACAAUAGCGGCAGCCGGAGCAGAUGCUUUCAGCGCUCUUAUCUGGCUGUGAUUUUCUCUCACUUAGGGACAAAGUUCUGUAAUCAGAGCUCACAGAUUUAUUUUCUCUCCACUGUUAAAGCCUGACCUGUGAAGAUCUUGUGUCAGAAAGCGAGGCUUGAGCCAAGUUCUUGGGAGCUGCAAAGGAUUUCUUUGCCCUUUUUAUUUUUUUGUUGUUGUUCUUUUUUUUCCUUUUUGGAGAUGUGUAUUGGGGAAAGGCUUUGCUUUUGAAGAGACACUGUACAGCUCUUGCCAAGAAUGUGUGACACUUUCCAAUUUAAUGGCAGACCUUGAAGUGUAUAAAAACUUGAGUCCAGAAAAAGUUGAAAGAUGCAUGAGUGUGAUGCAGUCUGGGACACAGAUGAUCAAACUGAAGCGUGGGACCAAAGGUCUUGUUCGGCUCUUUUACCUGGAUGAGCACCGGACCCGGCUCCGAUGGAGACCCUCCAGGAAGAGUGAGAAGGCAAAAAUCCUCAUUGACUCCAUUUACAAAGUCACCGAGGGCCGACAGUCAGAAAUCUUCCACAGACAAGCAGAAGGCAACUUUGACCCCAGCUGCUGCUUUACCAUCUACCAUGGCAACCACAUGGAGUCCGUGGACCUCAUCACCUCCAACCCCGAGGAGGCACGCACUUGGAUCACGGGCCUCAAGUACCUGAUGGCUGGCAUCAGUGAUGAAGACUCCUUGGCCAAAAGGCAGAGGACUCAUGAUCAAUGGGUGAAGCAGACCUUUGAAGAAGCCGAUAAGAAUGGCGAUGGCUUGCUGAAUAUUGAGGAGAUACACCAACUGAUGCACAAGCUCAAUGUCAACCUGCCUCGAAGAAAAGUCCGACAAAUGUUUCAGGAAGCUGAUACAGAUGAGAAUCAGGGGACUUUGACAUUUGAAGAGUUCUGUGUUUUUUACAAAAUGAUGUCCUUGAGACGGGACCUUUAUUUACUGCUUUUGAGCUACAGUGACAAGAAAGAUCACCUAACAGUAGAAGAACUGGCUCAGUUUUUGAAGGUGGAGCAAAAGAUGAACAAUGUGACUGCAGACUAUUGUCUUGACAUCAUAAGGAAAUUUGAAGUAUCAGAAGAAAAUAAAGCGAAAAAUAUUCUGGGCAUAGAAGGCUUCACUAACUUCAUGCGCAGUCCUACCUGCGACAUCUUCAACCCGCUGCACCACGAGGUCUAUCAGGACAUGGAUCAGCCGCUGUGCAACUACUACAUUGCUUCCUCUCACAACACCUACCUGACGGGGGACCAGCUCCUGUCCCAGUCCAAGGUGGACAUGUAUGCGCGGGUCCUGCAAGAUGGCUGCCGAUGUGUGGAAGUUGACUGUUGGGAUGGCCCAGAUGGAGAGCCAGUAGUCCACCAUGGUUAUACUCUGACUUCAAAAAUUCUCUUCAGAGAUGUCGUGGAGACCAUCAAUAAGCAUGCCUUUGUGAAGAAUGAGUUCCCUGUCAUCUUGUCUAUUGAGAACCAUUGCAGCAUCCAGCAACAGAGGAAGAUUGCCCAGUACCUCAAGGGAAUAUUCCAAGACAAGCUGGACCUGUCUACUGUCAACAUAGGGGAGACCAAGCAACUUCCAAGCCCUCAAAGUUUGAAAGGCAAAAUCUUAGUAAAGGGCAAGAAGUUGCCUUACCACCUUGGGGAUGAUGCUGAGGAAGGUGAAGUUUCUGAUGAAGACAGUGCCGAUGAGAUUGAAGAUGAUUGCAAAUUCAAGCUCCACUACAGUAAUGGGACCACUGAGCAUCAGGUGGAAUCUUUCAUAAGGAAAAAGCUGGAGUCAUUGUUGAAGGAAUCUCAAAUUCGAGACCGAGAAGAUCCUGACAGCUUCACAGUGAGGGCUCUGCUGAAGGCCACACAUGAAGGCUUGAAUGCACACCUGAAACGGCACCCAGAUGUGAAGGAGAGUGGAAAAAAAUCACAUGGACGAUCCCUCGUGACCAACUUUGGAAGACACAAGAAAACCACAAAAUCGCGCUCUAAAUCUUACAGUACUGAUGAUGAGGAGGAAGCACAGCAGAACCCUGGGAAGGACAUUGGUCAGCUGUAUAGGUUGGGUCGCCGAAGGAAAACCAUGAAGCUGUGCCGAGAGCUGUCUGACUUGGUCAUUUAUACCAACUCUGUGGCUGCCCAGGACAUUGUGGAUGAUGGAACCACAGGCAAUGUCUUAUCAUUCAGUGAGACCCGAGCUCAUCAGGUGGUUCAGCAGAAGUCAGAGCAGUUCAUGAUUUAUAACCAGAAGCAGCUCACGAGGAUUUACCCCUCGGCCUACCGCAUCGACUCCAGCAAUUUCAACCCCCUGCCCUACUGGAAUGCAGGCUGCCAGCUAGUGGCACUGAACUACCAGUCUGAAGGGCGGAUGAUGCAGCUAAACCGAGCCAAAUUCAAGGCCAAUGGCAACUGUGGCUACAUCCUGAAGCCCCAGCAGAUGUGCAAAGGCACUUUCAACCCUUUUUCUGGUGAUCCACUUCCUGCCAACCCCAAAAAGCAGCUCAUCCUGAAAGUGAUCAGUGGACAACAGCUCCCCAAACCUCCUGAUUCCAUGUUUGGAGACCGUGGUGAGAUCAUUGAUCCUUUCGUUGAAGUUGAAAUUAUUGGAUUGCCAGUAGACUGUUGUAAAGAUCAAACUCGUGUGGUGGAUGACAAUGGAUUUAACCCAGUGUGGGAAGAAACCCUGACGUUCACAGUACACAUGCCAGAAAUAGCCCUGGUUCGGUUCCUUGUGUGGGAUCAUGAUCCUAUUGGACGGGACUUUGUUGGGCAGAGGACUGUGACCUUCAGCAGCUUAGUCCCAGGCUACCGGCAUGUCUAUUUGGAAGGUCUGACAGAAGCAUCCAUAUUUGUCCACAUCACAAUCAAUGAAAUCUACGGCAAGUGGAGCCCUUUAAUACUCAACCCCAGUUACACUAUCUUGCACUUUCUAGGAGCUACAAAGAACAGGCAGCUCCAAGGGCUGAAGGGGCUGUUCAACAAGAAUCCCAGGUAUAGCGCUUCCGAGAGCAAUUCCCAUUAUGUUCGGAAACGAUCGAUCGGAGAUAGGAUCCUGCGCCGCUCAGCCAGCGCUCCGGCCAAAGGCAGAAAGAAGAGCAAAAUGGGUUUCCAGGAAAUGGUGGAGAUAAAGGAUUCUGUCUCGGAGGCCACGCGUGAACAAGACGGGGUGCUGAGGAGGACCCCUCGGAGUUUGCAAGCACGUCCUAUGUCCAUGCCUGUGGACAAAAGUCUCCUGGGGGCUUUUUCUCUGCCUCUGUCUACAAACCCAAAAGACACGGAAGGCAAGGAAAACUCUCUGGCAGAAGAUAAGGAUGGCAGAAGAAAAGGGAAGACAAGUGUAAAAGACCAACAUUUUCCAAACUUCAACAGCAAGUUGUCGUGUUCCUCUAGUGUUCCCCUCCUCAAAGACACCAGCCAAGGGGCCUCUGCAGUUUCUCCAAGCCACUUGUCAAUCACAGGCAGACUGGUGGGAGUGCCAGGUGCUUCAAGUGGAGGAUCCAAAUCAGACACGUCCCAUAAUUGCCAGGAGAGCCAGAGCCCCAACAAACCCCUUCUCCCAAGGCAGCAUUUAGCGCUUGACCCUGCAGUCCAGCUCACACAAGAUAUGAGUUGUGUGAAAGGCAAAGUACACGGCAACUCUGAGGACACUGCAGAAGGGACAGGCCUGUUGUCUGGAAGCGUCCUUUCUCAACGCAGCCUGGAGGUGAAGAGUCCAGAAGUGCCCUGGGGCAAGGGCAGAGCCACAACCUCUUUGUCUCUGUCUGACAUCUCUGGGCUCUGUUCUGACAAACCUGACCUACACUCCACCACUAUUCUGCAGGACAGUGACCUUUCCCAUCUCAUUGAUCAGGUGACUUUGACACAUGACAAUGACCCAGGCAGUUCUAUCUCUGCCCUAAUCAGCCAGUUGGAGGAGACCACCUCUCCUCUCUGGAGCUCCAGAGGGACCCCACACCAGCUCAGCAAGCAUGGCUUCCCCAAGGGAAAAGCCAAACCCUCCCCACUGUGUCCCCCUCCUGAGCUGCUGGUUCUCCCGGUUCCUAAGACCCGAGAUGUUGCUGGGCCAUCUCCCUGUCCCCUAGACUAUAAGACCAAACCAUAUGAUGACUUCUCUAGUAAGACCAAAAUAAAAGCUGUGGACAGCAACCCACCUAGGUCCUCUAAUACUCCUUCCUGCUGGUCACCAAAAUGCACCACCAAUGGGAGCGACUGGGUACAACCUAAGAACCACAUACCUGCCUCUUCCACCGACUGGACACUGGAAGAUGUGGUAACUGAAGCCGCUCUCUGCUUAAAUUCUGGAGAGAGCAGCCUCGUGGAGAUGGAUGGUGACUCAGAAAACCUGUCUCUGUCUAGUUCUGAGCAUAGGAGAGAGGGCACCAGCCUCCUCGUGUCUCCCCUCAAGCUGAAGUGCAGUCAGGAGGCAGUGGGAACUUUUCAGAGAGGCCCCAGAAAUGGCUACCAUAAAGAGACUCUCCACUCUCCUCUCCCGAAAGUGUUAAACAACAUUGAAUUUGGCAAACGCCAAAGUGUUUCUCGCCUGGCCUAUCAAGGUGCUGGUUGUGUGCAGAACAGUCUGUCAAAUCCCAGUGUGAGUGUGAGAAUGAACCAGACCUGCAUGCCCCUGUCUGGUACUGAAGACCUGCAUCGUUUCCCUGCAGCUAAGCAGUCCCCGCAGCCGCCCCUGCCUGCUUUGCAGCUGUCCAGCCCCUGCAAAUCCAAAAGCCUGGGGGACUUAACGUCAGAGGACAUUGCUUGCAAUUUUGAAAGCAAGUACCAGUGCAUUAGUAAGAGCUUUGUCACAACUGGCGUCAGAGAGAAGAAGGGCAUGAAUGUGAAGACGAACUCGUUAGAGCCCAUGGAUACCUUAACUGAGCAGCUGCGAAAGCUAGUGUCCUUGGACCAGGAGGACAGCUGCCAGGUGCUGUAUGCCAAACAGGAUGCCAGCCAGUUCCCCAGGGCGCUGGUCAGGAAGCUGUCCUCCAGAAGCCAGAGCAGAGUACGCAACAUCGCCAGCCGGGCCAAAGAGAAGCAGGAGGCCAGCAAGCACCGAGGCGGGAACCCCAGUAAUGUCACAGGGGUGGUUCUCCGUAACAAGCCCUCUGCCCCUCCGCCGACAGGCACCCGACACUCCACCGGCUCCUACAUAGCCGGCUACCUGGGCUCCAAGGGCGUGGAGGGUCGUGGCAUCCCCGAGGGCUGUGCUGCCCUGCGCCCCAGCCACCUCGACCAAUUCUGUGUGGAUAAUUCAGUCUUGCAGACCGAGCCGAGCAGUGAUGACAAACCUGAAAUCUAUUUUCUUUUGAGACUGUGACGAACCUCAAGUUGUGUUUUCAGUGUUUACAGGUGUCCCAUAGGACGUUCAGCCCUCAGCUUAUGAAAUGAUGUCAAGAGGUGUUUUGAAACUUGUCCCUUGGUCUCCCUUCUGUCCCAUGUGUUUGGAUUCCUGUUUAUGCCUUUGUAUAUAACCUUGGUGACAGUCCCUAUGUACCUAUGAUCUGUGACCCCUGAUGUGUAAACUCUACUGGUCUGAAAUGUGUGCAUGCCCUCGACAUGAAACUUCUCAGCAGCUUGGGUCAUAAUGUGCCAUGUGCUUCACCAAGAUGUUCUUCCCUUUCCCCACAGAUCACUGUCACAAGCCUAAUCACCUUCACUAUCUGUUGAGUUAAUGAAGAGACAUCACAAAGGACAAAGGGAUGAAUUCUUGCUUUUAAAACCAUUCCCAUCUUUUCUUCUUUAUCGAGAUGCCCACAUGCACUUUUACAGCUCAGUUUAAAGAAGGUCAAAAUAGUGACCUUCCACUGAUGAUCUCCUCUUCUCCCCCCCACUCCGCCCCCGCCCCAGCAUGAGAGAUCCAAGGACGUGGGUCUCUGUCCCCUCAUAGCCCCUCAUUUUAGAGUGGACUGUGGGGGCAUGAGGAAUGAAGCAAACUUCUGUAUAUAGGGAUACAACUGUUUGUUCUACAUAAAUUUUGUUACAUAUUUUUGUUAAUGGCUUUGUAUGUAACAAGAACCCAGUUGCCAAGCUAUUUGUUGUACCUUUUGACUUUUUCUGAUUAAAUUAUAGAGUACAGAUGAUGGUUUUCAGAAUGAGGGCUCCUAUAUUGGAUGCCAACAGUCAUGACAGCACAAAUUGAAAGCUUCCCCAAAGCUUUCAAGAAAAAAAAAUAUUUUCUCAUAAUAAAGUUCAAGUGAAUAGAUGAUCAGAAGAUAUCUUUUCCCUGCAGGGAGACAGGUAACUCUAUUUUAGUACCAAUGCACGUUAUAUUCACUGUGAAUCCAUUUUUUAAUUGCAUGUUCAAAUGUUUGUCUUUGCUUUUUUUUUUUUGUAACAUAAAUAGGAAUGAUUCUCUUCUUGGAAUUCAUGAAAGUAUAAUUAAAGCAAAUUUUGAAGAA